GUUGCACAUGUUUCUGAUCCCACUACUGUUAUUUUACCCAAGAAAAUAGAGAGCUUUGGAACACCGCUGCCUGUGUACAUCCUAUAUAAAGGGGAGCGCAGACACACUUGUGCUCGCACACACCGAGAGACUCUUCCCCACCUUGCUUUCCCACCCUUAUUAACCGACCCUUCUUACUCCCCCAUCCUCCAUUCUCUUGCCGUGAAAAAUUGAGAUGGCAUAUCAUUCUCGGUUGAAGCAUGUUUUAAUAUCCCGGCUAUCCAUCCGUCCCCCGGUGGAUGAGGAUCCCCGUCUAUUGUCGAGUCGAGUCAAGGCCAUCGUCCUCGUCAUUCUUGCCAUGUGUGCGGCAAGCUCUGGAUUUUCCAGCACAAUCUAUUUCCCUGGUAUUCCUGAUAUCACUGUCGAUCUGGAUGCUCCUUCCAUCGCGACGACUUUGACAGCUGCGCUGUUCAUUUUGUUUAUGGGAUUGGCGCCAGUCUUUUGGGCUGCCAUAUCUGAUUAUUACCGCAUUCGGCGAUUUCUGUUUAUUGUAUCCAUGGCCAUUUUUGGCCUUGCUUCUCUGGGAGCAGCACUCGUCAAUAACAUUUGGGGCCUUGUCGUUCUGCGGUGCGUUCAAGCACUGGGUGCUUCCUGUGGCCAAUCUGUCGGUGCUGGUGUGAUUGCUGACUGUUAUCCAAUCGAACAACGUGGCGCAGCUUUUGGCAAAUACUUUUUCGGUGUUUUCUUCGGUCCAUUGAUCGGUCCUAUUUUGGGUGGGUUCUUGAUCAUGAGCGACUUGAACUGGCGUGCAACCUUUUGGUUCUGUUUCGCAUUUGCAUUCAUGGUGAUUUUAAUGAUCAUUUUCAUCUACCCGGAGACCUAUCGCGAGAACGACAAGUGGGACGUUGCCUUGCCAACGACUGUCAAAGAGAAUGAAAAGCAGCAAGAGCAAUCCGUGGAGGAGGAUGAGGGUGGUGGCGACCAAGACUCCGCGAGCACGCAGAUCUCAAGUCCCGCCACUCCAUCAACAAAUUCAAAGACAAGUGGGACAAUAGCCGCUAUUCCUCAUAAUGACGCGGUUGCGAAAAAGAAAAAGCCUUUGAAUCCGAUCCGACCCUUCUUAUACCUGCGUCAUCCUCACGUAUUGCUCGCUUCCCUGGUCAUGGGCGUCUCAUUCGGUGCCAUGUUCUGUGUUGAAACAAUCAUCCCUGAUCUUUUCGAGAACAAUUAUGGAUUUGUUCCAUGGCAAACAGGUCUCAGUUACCUUGGUGCUGGUGUGGGUAACCUGUGCGGUGCCUUUGUCAACACUUUCUUAUCAGAUCGUUUGUUGAUGCAUGCACGUGCAAAGCGCGGAGGCCGUGCCAUGGUCGAGGACCGUAUCGCCAUCAACCUCUGGCCUUCUGGUUUGAUCCUGAUGCCAUUCGGUCUCUUGUUGUUUGGUUGGGGCAUUGGCACCGGAAUGAGUUACUGGACGGGUAUCAUUGGUUUCGGUAUCCAGAACUUUGGCAUGAAUCAGAUGAUGACUGCACUGAGUGCUUACCUCGUGGACUCUGCUCCGGGCAUUGGUGCCUCGUUUACUGCUGCUGCAAACUUGGUCAGAAUGUUGUUUGCAUGCGUCCUGACGUUAUGUGCCAACCCCAUGGUCAAAGCAAUCGGCCCUGGAUGGACAUGUGUGUUUUUGGCUGCUUUAACCUACGUUUCUAUGGGUUGUUUGAUCCUUCUUAAAAUUUACGGUGCACGACUGCGUCACUAUUCCGGAUACGAACAGAAGGAUGAGCGUGAGUAAAAAUACCAUAUAGAUUACCCCCUUUCUUUCUUGGUCAUCGCUGUCAUGUUCGCUUGAUCUGCAGUGUCACGCGUAUUUAUAUAUUUCCCCUUUCAUCUUAAUAUUCACAUCAUCAACUCUGCAUGUAAACAUAUUUUACACAUCCUUGCAUUUUUCUGUACGAAUUAAAAAAAGAAAAUACCUUGUACUUAUAAUACAAAUAAAUUAUUUAUCUUAU